UGCAUCAAUGUAUCGCGAAAACAUGAACCGGUUCAUCACCACUGUUGGAAGUUUAUGGUAGUCGAUAGUGUUAACACAUUAAUUAAACGUUGAAUUUUCAGUAAACGGUGAAAAAACUUUAAAUUAUCCUGCUGGCGUUUAUGUUGCGCAAAUUAGCAAAUUAGCACUUAGCAACAGCGGUUAGCUCGAAGUAGUAAAUUAGCGACUACACAGCCGAAUGAAUGAAAACAAUAUUAUCUUAAUUUCAGAUGUAGCCUGUAUAAAGUUAAGUUACCUGUUGGUUUAUAUGUCUGUUUGUGUCGGGUAGUGUAUUCGUUAAACUUUUCCCGCCGUUAAAUCGCGGUGUGUUAAAGUUUACGUUUGUUGUUUAUAGUUAGUGGGCUAAGCUAGCUGAGUGCUAGCAGGCUAAUGUUUCUGUCUCCGCUGGACAUGGAAGAAGAAGCGUUAGAUGCACAAGAUGUUGAACGGGCCAAGGCGUUCUGGGCUGGCGAGGAUGUGGAUCAGGCUUUUGAUGGGGUCUUUGAGUAUCUGAAUCACCUGAAGAGAGUCCUGAAGAAGAACACGGCAACAGACAAAGAGCUGGUUCAGGCGUUGAAGGUUUUGGAGACUCUGGAUUUGUCUGCUCCAGUCUCCAGUCAGGACGCCUCCGUGGUCCAGGUGGUCAUCGGUUCAGGUCAGGUGCUGCUGCCGGCUGACUUCUCCCACCGCAGUCCCCCAUCCCCCUCCUUCUCCUCCCCCUGUACCUCCCCCGCUCCUCCCUCUAACAGUCUGUCCAGCUCAUCAGUGCCCCCCCCAGGCAGAGAUGAGCUUCUGCCUCCUCUGUUGCCUGUCCAGCUGCAGUACCAGCCUCACCCCUGCUGCAAGGCCUGCCUCCCCAGUCUGUCCAGCAUGCCCCAGUGCGCGCCUCCGUUCUGGGGGCAGAACCCUCUGAAGGCGCCCCUGCUCUGUGGCUUCAAGAGGCUGAGCGCCAUGCCGCUGGCAUCACCGCGAGGAGGCGGGACCUGGGACGGCAAAGGGGUGGAGCCUGCGGUCUCAGAGGAGGUGGAGGAAGAAGCUGUAGAGGACUGGGAUGUUGUUUACAAAGCGCCAUGCGGACAGAGCCUCCGUAACCAUGACGAUGUGAUGCGUUUCCUGUUGGCUUCGGAGAGCUAUGACGUCCUGCAGGUGGACUUCUUCACCUUUAACCCCUCUGUUCGGUUGGACCCCCCUGUGGUGCCGGGCCCUCGGCGUCCAGAGCUGGACCUGAGCCGCGGCUCGGAGCCUACGCCGGUGGAGCUGUGCGGCGGGGAGGGCGGUGCCCGGCCCGCUGACUUCCGCUACAGGAGGGACCGCUGGCCGCACGGCUGCUUCCUGAGCCGCAGCCCCAUGCUGUUCGACACCUGCUGCGAUUGCACCGACGGCUGCACCGACGCACAGCGCUGCACCUGCACCGCAAUGACCAGAGGGGGGCGCUCCUACACCCAUCACAGGCUGACGCAACCUGUAGCCUCAGGGCUGUAUGAGUGUGGUCCAUGGUGCAGUUGUGAUCGGGCUCGUUGUCAGAACCGGCUGGUCCAGAGAGGGAUCAGAAUCCGGCUCCAGGUCUUCCAGACCGAAGACCGUGGCUGGGGCGUCCGUUGCCGUGACGACCUGGACCGCGGCACGUUCGUGUGCAUCUACGCAGGUGUGAUCCUGCAGCGGGUCCAGAGUCCGGCCGAGCUCCCGCCCCCGAAGCUGACGAGGGCUGAGCUCCCGUCAGACGACGAGGUGGAGGUCGUCACCGAGUGGCUGGCCCCGCCGGUCCUGGAGGGGCGGAGCAAGCUGCUGGAGUCCCCACCGCCCUUGUCUCCGCCCAACUCACCCCCCCUGCACGUUCCAGUGAUCCAGAGACCCGCCGACAGCAACAGCACCACCGCCGCAGUCCAGGACAGAGACAAGGGCCAGACGGUGUUGGUGGGAGGUCCAGAGGCGUCGUCUCCUUCAGCAGGUGACCAGUCUCAAUCCAAGGAGAAGAACGAUGCCACGCCCACAGCCAGUCCGGCGGCGGCGGCGGCGGCAGUCCACAGCGUGAACGGCACCAAGAUGGAGACAAAAGAAAGAGAGAGGAAGAGUUUAAAGAGAGCGGCGACAGUGGAGGACGUUUAUUUUCUGGACGCCAGCAAGGAGGGAAACGUGAGCCGCUUCAUCAACCACAGCUGCCGGCCGAACCUGUUCAUCCAGAACGUCUUCACCGACACCCACGACCCCGGAUUCCCCGUCAUCGCCUUCUUCACCAACAGGGUGGUGAAGGCCGGCACUGAGUUAACCUGGAAUUUCUCUUCCGACACACAAACUGCCUCGCUGCGCAAACAGGAAGUGCCCUGUCUCUGCGGUAGUGACGGUUGUCGAGGUCAGUUUACCAUCAAGGAAAGCCUGUGUGAUGUCUGCGAGGUCAAAGGUCAAGAAGCGAUAAAGGCCAAGUGA